CCCUCAGAGACAGGAGUCGGUGGGUGUGGGCACAGAGGACUUCCUUUUGCUCAUUUCACCUCAAAGACUUUGGUGAACCUGCUCACCAGUUCAGAGUCACACAUCCUAUGCAUAAUGGACACAGCAAGGGUCUACCUCAAUUUAAAGCCAUCCAGGACUCUGGAGACUCGGCGUGCUUCACUCCCGACUCUUCCCCCAGAUGCCUGUCGGUGCCCACGUUCACACAGGUUGGCUCUGAAACUCAGCUGUGCUGGGCUGAUCCUUCUUGUCUUGACCCUGAUUGGGAUGAGUGUCUUAGUUCGAGUCUUAAUACAAAAACCAUCCAUGGAAAAAUGCUAUGUGUUUAUUCAAGAGAACAUGAGUAAAACAACAGACAGUCCAGCUAAGUUAGAGUGCCCCAAAGACUGGCUUUCACACCGAGACAAGUGCUUUCAUCUUUCUCAAGUUUCCAAACAUUGGAAGGAAAGUCUAGCUGACUGUGAUGGAAAAGGAGCCACUUUGCUGCUCAUUCAAGACCAAGAAGAACUGAGAUCCCUACAGGACUCAAUAAAGGAAAAAGAUUAUUCAUUUUGGAUUGGGUUAAAUUACACAUCGACAGACAAGAACUGGAAGUGGAUAAACGGCUCGACUUUGAAUUCCGAUGUGUACAGAGAAGGGAGAAACAGUUUCCUCGACAGGAUUAUUUUGGGAAUUAAUAAGGAAUGUUAGAGAACUCCUCAGGAGUCUGGAAGGAGAAGGCCUGGGAAGACUUAAAGGAAUUUUGAAAGGGAGUCAUUGACUUACACAGAUCAGCCCUAAGGAAAUUAUCCUGAGAGCUGCAGAAGAUCCUGAAGGUGGAAGAGACAAAAGAGGGGGAAGGAUGACUUCAGAUUGUCUCUCACCAUCAAGGGCUCCAUGAAGAACUAAACAAAGGAAGGACACCCAUGAGGGAUCCCUGCCCACUAUCAUGUGCCACCUUUUUAAAAGAUCCAUCAGUGCAUUUAGAACACAUCUCUCCCUUCCAAUCAACUCUGAGACUGUCUGCAUCAGAGCUUGAAUUUUCAUCGUGCUCCCAGCGGCGUGGAGUGAUGGGAGCCAUGCACAUUUGAGACUUACAUGCUAAUUAAAAACUUGUCAACCUAAGGAAUUCGAAUGACAGGAAUUGUGACUAUAUAUCAUGUGAGCUGAGCCUGCUUCCCUCUCUGCAUCCAGUUCUGUGAUCUAGACCCUGUGAGCUCACUCUGUAUAUUGAAUACAUUCAUUGAGCACCUACUGUGUGUAUCUGUUGUCAUGCAUUCAUGGUUAUCUUAAUACUUCCCUAAAUAUUAGCUAGCUAAACCACAUACAUCUGUGUACAUAUAUGUGAGUGUCUAUAUUUAUAUAUAUGCUUUUCUUAUAUUAAUCUAUUUUUAGAGAUUUAUUCAUUUUGUUUU